AUGGAAUUGUUAUGGCUUAAUUUCGGCCAAUGUGGACUACAGAUUGCAGACACAUAUUGGACAAACCUAGCAAACAACUUUACAAAAAACUUCAGUGAAAAUGGAUCGCAUACAAGUUUUUACACAACUGGAAAAGAUGUAGGAAUUGACGUUAAAAAGCCAAAAUUGUCAUCAUUGAAGCCAAGAUGUUUGGUAAUUGAUACAGAAACAAUCACAUCUGACGAGAUUCUGAUAAAUAGCAAGCAUAGUUUGUUGACAAAAGAUAAUGUGUUGACAGACAAUGGAUCGCACGGAGGGAAUUUCAUGACUGUAUUCAAUAAUUUGGGACAGAAGUACUGGAAAUCCAUCCAAAGAUAUGUUUUUAAUAUGAUGGAGAAGUGUGACCACUUUGAAUACUUCAACUUAACACUAGGAGUAGGAGGAUCAUCAGGCUCAGCACUAGGAGCAUAUACGGCUCAGAUGUUGUCACAGUUGUACCCAAAAAUCCCAAUUAUAACCAACAUAGUCGAUGAUGAAAACACAUCGCCUGUCGCAUCAUACAACACCCUGUUUUCGCUUUCAGUUCUACAGGAACACUCGACCAUGAUCAUACCCUUUUCAAACAAUAAUAUAAUCGAAUCAAUCAAGAAAACAACAGACAUAACGUUCAAAAGUGGAAGUAAAGAUUACUUUAAUCCAAUAAACUCAGUAAUAUCGAACUUUUUACAAGAAUUCAACAACGUGACUGUAUUUCCAGACUCGCGCUUUAACAGGAUUGAUAUCAUCAAAAACUCACUUUUACCAUUUCAAAACAUGAAUUAUACAUGUCCAUUAAAAUCGCCAGUUGUAGAGCCAAGACCAAAUUGUAAAUACCACUUGGACCAGCUUUAUGAGGACCUAUUCAUUGGAGAUACUAGAAUUUCACCAAUUCCAACACACUCAGAUAUGUUGCCAAUAACCAUUUCAAUUUUAAACGGUGGAAAUUACCGAAACUUAAAGUAUUCGAUUACCCACAAGAUGAGAAACGGUACAUUCACCUGGAACAAAGAAGAACCUAAAUCUAGCACGCAUGACAUUGGUGAGGAUUUUAAACCAAUAACUACAAGGCAUCCACUAGUCGCUCUUAGUAACCACACGGGUAUAUCGCACUACCUUGACAAGGUUUGUGACAACGUUGAGUCGUUGGUUCACAGAAAUGCGUUUUUACAUCAAUUUGAAGGUAUGAUUGACAAUGAAGAGAUAUACUACAAGAUGAUGAAGUUGAGGGAAACAUCACAGAUGUGUAAGCAGCAAGAUGCUAUGAUUAAGAAGCAGUUUCGGGAUGUAGACUUAAAACAUGAAAGAACAUCACCGUAG